AUGAAUACAAUAGCAAAAUGGCUCUUCGGCAUCAAAGACUACCGCGUCCUCCUCCUCGGCGACGACAGCAGCGGCAAGACAACCCUCCUGUACCGACUGAAAUUCGACUCGGUCCCUGUGGACCCGAUCCCGACGCGGUAUUUCGAGGCUGAGUGGGUGACGUACCCGGCGACCUCUGAGUGGUACAUUUGGGAAAUGAGGACGAACCGCGAAAUGCAACCCCUGAUAUUCCGCGAGCUGAACCCUUCUCUGCUGGUCCUCUGGCUGCACGACUGUACGAGGAAUGAAGAUGGUGUCCCGGAUAUGUUCGAGCGGGUGCUUCGUGAGAUGGUUCGGGCCGGAUGCCGGUUUAUCUGGGUGGGGCUGAACAAGCAGGAUGAUCCCGGUGUGGACUCAAACACAGUGCGAGAUGCGCGGCAGAUGUACGAGGAGGUUUUGCUCAAGUACAAUGGGAAGAUCAGUUGGAAGGUCUUGACGCAUAAGUUGAGUGGGAAGACAGGGGAAGGCGCAAUCGAGGUUCUCGAUGAGUUUCAUGAGACGGUGCGGAGGGUGGGUUUGAUUCAACGGAGUGAGGCGGCGCAUCAAUCUGACAAGGAGAAGGAAUCCCGUGCAAAGCAGGAGCCUCGUCCGGAUGCAGAUCUGUCGACUGAGCAGCUGCAUACGAGGUUGGAAGAGCAUAUCGCUCGAGACACCCUGUCCGCAGAUGCCUUCUGGACGGCGUUUCUCGCUGGAGAACUAACAGACUGGAAUCACUACAGCUACCUGCGCGCGAUAUACUUCCUGAUCCUCGACUCGAAGAACAAGGGCGACGUCUACGCGAUAGGCAAAGAAGUCUCCAAAGCCCUAACACGCUUCAAAGAAACAUCCCCACACCUAUCCUCCGACAUGCCGCCGCACUUCAGCGUGACGCUAUCCACAUUCUGGACACUGCAACUCGAACGCACAAUCCAGCUCUACCGCAAGUCCACAAUGAGCGAAUUCCUCCCCUCGCGAGAGGACUUCGCCCACGUCCUCCGACACACCCCCUUCCUAAUGAACAGACACCUCUGGGUCGCGCACUUCCGCAACGACCCAGAUAAGCGCACAGGCAGAUCGCCCGAUUUCUUCCACAAGCCGGACCUGCGGCCAUUGAAUAUGGAGACAGAGUACCUCGCUGACCCCGCGACGCUCCCGGUUCCAAGUACGGGGCCCGAUCGGUUGCUGAGGUAUGCCUUCAGCGUGAUGCGGCACUUGCGAAAGAGUGGGACGACGCAGCGCGGACUCGGGAUCGAGGAUGCGCUUGUUUCGCUGCAGCAGGCGACUUUUCGGUCUCGGACCUUGGACGAGAGUUUGCCGUGUUAUUCGGAGACGCAGGCGUAUUUCUGGAUUCUGGUUGUUGGUGCGGCGAUGGCAGUGCUGGAUGGUCUUGAGAAGAGGGAAAACGAGAAGCCCGUCGAUGGGAAAAGGUUGUCGUUUUCAACAUUCAAGAAAAUCUUCCAGAUCCGUCCUGAGCUUUGGAAGGAGUAUUAUUCGAAGAAGGUGUGGGAGGGGAUCGGGGCAAGGUCCAAGUUUGUCAUGCCGGAUCGCAAGCCGCUGCCUGACGCCUUUCCAUGCGAUGCAGAGAGGGCGAGAGAAUUAUCAUCGAUCGAUAGAUCCACAGACGACGAACCGCAUCUCCCUUCCUCAAUCGAAGAGCGCCUCUUUCGCUUCCGCCUCCUCAAGCGCGAAAUCAACGACCUUGACGUAGCUCCCGCGCUCAGCGAGGCAAUCACCACGCACGGUCACCUCCUCUUCUACCUAUACACAGCAUUCGCCCGAAAACCGGCCCCAGAAGAGGAAGGUGAGAAGGAGACGACAACACUACUACUCGCGCACCGCGCCCGAACGCUCUUUAGCUCAAUAACGGGACCGACGGUAGCCGGCGCGACAGCACGCAACUUCUGGAUCCAGCAGGUGGGCGUUGCAAUGUCGCAUUGUGGCAGGGAUCAGGGUCAUUCGACAUUCACCGAAUUUAUUACGCGCAAUGCGCACCUGGUGCUAGAUGAUAGUCUGCCUGCUGUUUAUUACUCGCCUAGGACUUGGGCGAGUGCCGAGGCGAGGGAGAGGAUCGUCGCUCCCGAUAGGCGGAGGAUGGAGAUGGUUGUUGAGUUGGAGGAGGAGGAUAGGGAGGGCGAGAGUGAAGAGUGGGUGCAUGUCAAGACGGGAUGAUGGAGAUGAGUAUACUGUCUCAGAAUAAUCUCAAUAACCAAGAACAUCACGGUCUCCUCCGUCUUCUGAUUGCGAUGGCGAUUGCAAUUCCAACUGGCAUUGCACGCGAUAGCAGUCAUCCAGCC